GGCGUGAUUUGCGCCUCCUCCAUGGGCACCAUUGACCUGAGAAUGUGAAAAUCCUGCGUGUCAUCUUCCCCUGUUGCGGUGCUGUGUUGUAAAACGUGCGGAGGCGCAGAACUUCUCGGCUGAAUUGCGUGUGAUAUUUCGCGGGGUCACGCCGGUGGAUGGCGACCUUUGUGCGGAGAUUGCGUGAUUUCGGCGCUGUGGACAGAUCUUUCUGGGCACACUGGCGCAAGUACCGCUCUGAGAUACCCAAACUAUCGCCCCACGAUGUGAACUUGAUACUGCGCGCAAAUGAGUUCACGAAGGAACUGUCCGGAGGCCCGGUUCGGUACUUUGACUCGAAUCAGCUGGCGUCCAACAGUCCCCUGGAGGAUGCCCGGACAGAGGCGAGCUGUCUGUACACUUCGGGACUCCUCGUGGGGGUUUUCGACGGACACGGCGGCUCUGCUUGCGCCCAAGUGUCCUCCAAGAGAAUCUUGAGAUACAUCGCCGCCAGUCUCAUCGCGCCCACGGAGCUGCAGAAGCACAUGGCCAGGGAUGCGAAGAGCUAUUCCUUUCUGCAGUGCCACAACGAUCGGCUGGAGUUCGUGCCCGAGAUCAGAGACAUCUACGAGGAGAGCUUCAGUCGCUUCGCCCAGGAUCUGAUCGCCACGAACGCCAGGACGUCCGUGGAGGACGUGAUGGAGCGCGCCGUGAUGCGCCUGGACGAGGACAUGUCGCGGGAGGCGAUUGAGCACACGAGCGUGCGGACUGUGGCUGUCGCGAUGUCUGGCUCUGUGGCGUGCGUGGCUCACGUGGACGGAUGCCAUCUGCACGUGGCCGGGACUGGAGACUGCGGCGCCGUUCUGGGCUCCGUGAAUGACACCACAGGCCAGUGGACGGCGCGGAAGCUCACGAACGAGCACAAUGCCCAGAACGUGGGCGAAGUGCGGCGCAUCCUGGCCGAGCAUCCGGCCAGCGAGAGAGACACCGUGAUCAGAGUGGAUCGGCUGCUGGGCCAGCUGGCUCCGCUGCGCGCCCUCGGCGACUUCCGCUACAAGUGGCCGCGGGACACGCUGCAGAGCGUCGCGGCGCCGCACUACGGCAGCGGCGCCGUGCCGCCGCACUACCACACGCCGCCUUACCUCACCGCGCAGCCGGAGAUCAAGUACCACCGGCUGGAGCCGCGCGACAAGUUCCUCGUGCUGGCCACGGACGGCCUGUGGGACGUCCUGACGCCGCUGCAGGUCGUGCGCCUCGUGGGCGAGCACAUGAACGGCAAGACCUUCCUGCAGCCCCUCGAGCUGCCCGGCCGCGACAUCCGCCUCGGCGAGCUGUCGCAAAUGCUGGCGCACCGAAGGACGGGAAUACCAAAGAAGCCGACGGACAAGAACUCAGCCACUCACUUGAUCCGCAACGCCCUGGGCGGAACUGACUACGGCAUCGAGCACUCCAAGAUAUCCCACAUCCUGUCGCUGCCGCCGGACGUGGUGCGCCUGUUCAGGGACGACAUCACCGUCACUGUCGUCUACUUCGAUCCUGAGUACCUCCAGAGCACUCUCGUGUGAUUAGCCGCGCUGCCCGGUUCACUAGUCGUUUGAUGGGUGUGCUUAGAGCACUUCUUGUAAAUACUUCGCUAGCUUCUAGACUAGGAUUUCUUAUGGGAAGAACUACAGUGUUAUUUAUUCUCCGCCGUGUAAUAAAGCAUCGAAUGAA